AUGCUCUUCUUGGUGGUGAACGUCUCAGCUGAAGUGGUUUUCCGGGAAGACUGGGAUCAUGUGCCAGAUUACCCAAAGUGGAAUCCCAACUUCCUUCACACGGAAGUCGUCCUUGAUAUCACGUCGAGAUGUCGCUUGACUUACCAAGUGACUACCCCGAUCGGGAACGGCCUGAUCUGGAGCAGGGACGCCGUGACCAUCGCGUAUUGGAACAAGGAAGGCGAUGCGACCUACCUCGCCUUCUCCAGCACCUCCUGGCCGGCAUUGCCUCCGUCCAAUCGAUAUGUCAGGUGCGAGCCCCAGCUCGACCUCGACACGGGACUUCAUAAUGGGCGGAUACGCCUGCUGAGGUCCCAAUCAAAUCUUGAACCUUGA